AAGAGAGGUGCGUGAAAUGAUAAAAUAUCCAUUUUAAUCUAUGUUAAACGUGUAUAUUUUCGUUUACAAAAAUGUGAAGAAACAGUUUAUGUGCAGUUUGUGCCAAAAUCAUGUAUAUUUCAACAUUAUCGUCAGAAGCUUUGCUAAUUUGUAUUACGAUGUAGAUGUACAUAGUGUAUUUUUUUCUGAUUCAAGGACGUGGUGGUUCCGCGGGAGCGAAGUUCCGCAUCUCCCUGGGUCUCCCAGUAGGAGCUGUCAUCAAUUGCGCUGAUAACACAGGAGCAAAGAAUCUGUAUGUUAUCGCCGUGCAAGGUAUCAAGGGCCGCCUCAACAGACUACCUGCUGCUGGUUCUGGUGAUAUGAUUGUGGCUACUGUUAAGAAGGGUAAACCUGAACUCAGAAAAAAGGUAAUGCCUGCAGUGGUAAUCAGGCAGCGGAAACCAUUCAGGAGGCGGGAUGGAGUGUUUAUAUACUUCGAAGACAAUGCAGGCGUUAUAGUGAACAACAAGGGCGAAAUGAAGGGAUCAGCUAUUACAGGACCUGUAGCGAAGGAGUGUGCGGAUCUAUGGCCGCGUAUCGCCUCCAACGCGAGCUCUAUAGCUUGAACUUAAUAUACGGAUAAGACC